GUCCUCUGUCCCCCCGACAUGCCCGGCGCGGCGGACGCUGAGCGCUGCCCAGGGUCUCCACCCAUGGACACGGUCCAGCUCUGAGCGGGAUACGGUGGUAAAAGGGUCGUGAGGAAGAGAAGAGGCUUCAGUGGUGCCAAUUCCUGCUCUGUUCUUUUGAGUAUAAGGAGGAGAAGAACUGAAGGCUGGUGCAUGUGAGUGGACAGCCUGUGGGGUGGAAGAUGUAGCCUCUGGCCCUAACCAUCCCUCUCACCAUCAUGCUAGGGUUGUGUGACCUUCCAGGAUGUGUUUGUGAGCUUUUCCAGGGAGGAGUGGGAACUCCUUAACAAAGCCCAGAAAGUCCUGUACUUUGAUGUGAUGCUGGAGAUCUUUGCACUUGCGGCGAUACCUGGUUGCUGGUGUGAAGCAGAGGCCGGUGAGGCCCUUUCUGAGAAACAUGUUUCUGUGGAAGGAGUGUCACCAAUCAGGAGUCCCGAGCCAGGUGUGCGGAUCCAAAAUGCCUGCCUGCGUGAGGACUGGGAGGCCCUGCUGGAGCACACUGUGUGCCUGGCUGAGCACCAGGACUCAUCCCUGCACACACUGCUUAUCUGCGCCCCUGGUGGGAAAGGAUUCUGCUGGCGCCAGAAGCGAAAUUGCGGAGAGAAUUCCUUCGGUGUAGACCAUGCAGGGACUUGGUUGGUGAGGAGCUGUGUGGUCCACACAGUAAGGACCCCCUUUUCCUGCAGGGAAGCAGGGAUGGCCGUGCAAAGCAGCUCCAGCCUCCUCAGUCACCUGACCACUCAGAGUGGAGGGAGCCCACAGCAUGCCUGCGUGGAGCCAUCCCCAAACGGUCUCGGGCAGCAGCAUGAAGACCGUAACAGACAGGCACUUUCCACUUCCAGAGGUGAUGAGAGAGCCAUGCAGUUUUCAGUUCUCCUUGACAGCCAGACUGCUCGCUCUGCCGUGAGGCCCGUUAGAUGCCUACCAGGUGGAAUGGCAUUCAAGGAAGACUCAACUCCUAGUCACAGGGGAGUUCCCGGCAGAACACCGCAUGUGUGUGAGGAGUGUGGUAAGGCCUUUUCUCGCCCAUCUCACCUAAAGAUUCACCAGAAAUGUCACACUAGAAAAGCACAUUACACGUGCAGCGAUUGUGGGAAGACAGUGAGCCGCAAAGACCUACUCAUUCAGCACCGGAGAAUCCACACAGGAGAAAGACCCUUUGAGUGCCGUGAGUGUGGCAAAGCCUUCAGACGUAAAGACACGCUUGUUCAACACCAAAGAUUUCACACCGGAGAGAGGCCUUACAAGUGUGCUGAAUGUGGGAAAUUCUUCAGCCAUAGCUCUCACCUGAUCGAGCACUGUAGAAUUCACACUGGAGCUAGGCCUUACCAGUGCAUGGAGUGUGGGAAAUUCUUUAGCCAUAAGUCCAGCUUCCUUAAACAUCAGAGUGUCCACUCGGGAGUGAGGUUGUAUGUGUGCAGCCAGUGUGGGAAAGCCUUUGGCUGCAAAGACACCCUUGUUCAGCACGAGACAGUUCACACGGGAGCAAGGCCUUACCGGUGCACUCAGUGUGGGAAGGCCUUCAGCCGCAAAGACACACUCUCAAAGCACCGCAAGAUUCACACUGGGGAGAGGCCCUAUGAGUGCCAUGAGUGUGGAAAGUUAUUCAGACGUAGUUCCAACCUUAUUGAGCACCAGAGAAUUCACACUGGAGCAAAGCCUUAUGAGUGCAACAAGUGUGGGAAAUGCUUUAGUCACAAGUCCACCCUCAUUCUACACCAGCGAGUCCACACGGGAGCAAGGCCCUACGUGUGCAAUGAUUGUGGGAAAGCCUACAUCUGCAGCUCCCACCUCAUCCAACACAAGAAGGUUCACACAGGAGCAAGGCCUUAUGGGUGCACUCAGUGUGGGAAGGCCUUCAGCAGCAGAAACACACUCGCGAAGCACCGCAAGAUUCACACUGGGGAGCGGCCCUAUGAGUGUGGUGAGUGUGGAAAGUUAUUCAGACAAAGUUCCAACCUUAUGGUGCACCAGAGAAUUCACACUGGAGCAAAGCCUUAUGAGUGUAACAAGUGUGGGAAAUGCUUUAGUCACAAGACUACCCUCAUUCUACACCUGAGAGUCCACACGGGAACGAGGCCCUAUGUGUGUGAUGAGUGUGGGAAAGCCUAUGUCAGCAGCUACCACCUCGUCCAACAUAAGAAGGUCCACACAGGAACAAGAUCCUAUGAAUGCAGCCAGUGUAGAAAACUCUUCAGGUGCAACUCCAGCCUUGUUCUCCAUCAGAGAGUUCACACUGGAGAGAAGCCUUAUGUUUGCCCUUGUGGGAAAGCCUACAGCAGAAAAUCCAAUCUCUCUCGGCACCAGAAAGUUCAUGUUGGAGAAAGGUCUCAUGCCCUCAGCCGUCUUGGUGAUCCUUUUGUCAAAUCUUUUGAGUAGCUUCCAAAAAAA